AUGCCGAAGGGUCUCUUGUGUCAUCUGGAUGAUGCAUGCAUCAGCAAUCCUUGCCACAAGGGGGCACUGUGUGAUACCAACCCCCUGAAUGGACAGUAUAUUUGCACCUGCCCCCAGGGAUACAAAGGGGCUGACUGCACAGAAGAUGUGGAUGAGUGUGCCUUGGCCAAUAGCAAUCCUUGUGAGCAUGCAGGAAAAUGUGUGAACACAGUUGGCGCCUUCCACUGCGAGUGUCUGAAGGGCUAUACAGGGCCUCGUUGCGAAAUGGACAUCAACGAGUGCCAUUCAGACCCCUGCCAGAACGAUGCCACCUGUCUGGAUAAGAUUGGAGGCUUCACGUGUCUGUGCAUGCCAGGUUUCAAAGGUGUGCAUUGUGAACUGGAGAUAAACGAAUGUCAGAGCAACCCUUGUGUGAACAAUGGACAGUGUGUGGAUAAAGUCAAUCGCUUCCAGUGUCUGUGUCCACCUG